AUGGUACGGAUGAUGGUGUGUAAAGAUUACAUACCAAAGCCGAGAUGGUACCAAAGGGGUUAUUUUGAAGAUCAGGAAUAUGUUUUACAUCCUCCUCUUCCUCGUCCUCGUCCUCCUCCUCCUCCAGCCGCUGCUCCUCCACCUCCAGCUGAAAAACCGAGGCCUGCUCCUCAUCCACAACCAGAAGCAGAUGAUCAUGCGGGAGAUGCAAGGAUGUCACAAGGAGAAUUGGGGCAGACAAAAGUGGAGGAGGCAAGCUCAACGGGAGAUGUUCGAAGGACUGAAACUAAUGAGAGGGAAAAGAGAUUGAAAUACCUUCAAAUCUAUCUUCCCCUCUAUCGAGCUGGCCUAGAAGGUGAUUGGCAAGCUACUAAGGCCAUACUUGAGAGAUAUCCAGAUGCCGUUCGACUUCCCAUAUCAGAAGACAAGCAAACUAUUCUUCACAUUGCAACGUUAGCAAAAAACUAUUCUUUUGUAACAGAAACGCUAAAAAGGAUGCGUCCGGAUGACUUAGAAUUGGAAGACACGGACCAUAACACCGCCCUUUACUAUGCUGCUUUGUCAGGAAGUGUAGACAUUGCCAAGGAGAUGGUGAACAUGAACCAAAAACUGCCAUUGAUCGGCCGUCCUUCGGGAACCGUUAAACUACUACCACUUCAUGCGGCAUCGAUGCUUCCAAAUAAAAAAAUGGUGGAGUAUCUAUUCUCUGCGACUCCUUUUGAACAGUUGACUGCUACUGAACGCAUUAAUCUCCUUAUUUCUACAAUUCACGCUGAUUUUUAUGAUGUAGCAUUGGAUAUUCUGAAAAAGGAUGCAACGUUAGCAACUACCGAGGACAGCGAAGGGCGCAUAGCAUUGGAAGUGUUGGCAUACAAAACUUUUGCAGUUGGCAGUAGAAGUCAGAUGUCAACAUCCUGGUACAAAGAGGGUUGGAAGAAACCUGUCAUGCCGAGGUUAGCCCAUGAAUUAAUUGACUGCCUUUGGAAAAGUAAUCAAAAAUUGGAAGACAAGAAUCCUGUCAUGCCGACGUCAGCCCAUGGAUCUUUAAUUGAGGACCUUUGGAAAAAUAUUCAAACAUUGCCAGACAAAGAGUUCUUAGACUUCGUUGAGAAACAUUCCUCUUUACUUUUUGUUGCUGCGGAAUUGGGGAAUGUUGAAUUUUUAACCAUACUUUUACGCUCUCAUCCCGAUCUCAUGUGGAAGAUUGAUUCAGACAACAGAAAUUUAUUUCACAUUUCUGUUUUACAUCGACAAGAGAGUGUAUUCAAUCUAAUACAUGAAAUAGGCGCUUUCAAGGAUAUGAUUGCACUCUGUGUUGACAAAAAUCAGAACACCAUGCUACACUUGGUUGGACACUUGGCUCCUACAAGCAGGUUAAAAAUCGUAUCAGGAGCAGUCCUUCAAAUGCAACGGGAAUUGUUGUGGUUUAAGGAGAUCGAAAAUAUAAUGCCGCCUGCAUACUUGAAUUCGAAGAAUUUAGCAGGCAAAACACCCCAAGAUAUAUUUACUGAGGAACAUAAAAAGUUACAAAGAGAAGGUGAAAAGUGGAUGAAUAAGACAGCAAACAAUUGCAUGCUUGUGGCAACAUUAAUUGUUACAGUCGUUUUUGCUGCAGCCUUCACUGUACCGGGUGGAAACCAUCAAGAAUAUGGCAUUCCUCUCUUGCUGAAAAAUAAAUGGUUUACGGUAUUCUUCGUAUCAGAUGUAAUCGCAAUGUUAUUUGCUUCGACCUCGAUAUUAAUAUUUUUUUCAUCAAUUCUAACAUCUCGUUACAAGGAAGAAGAUUUCCUCGAAUCUUUACCCAAGAGGUUGGUGUUUGGACUCACUGCACUUUUCAUCUCCAUAGUAGGCAUGAUGGUCGCCUUCAGUGCAGCUUGCAUUUUGGUCUAUAAGAGGAAAACGACAUGGAUUCCGUUUGUUAUAAUUGCUGUAGCUGUUCUCCCAAUUGUUUUGUUUGUUUGGCUAAUUAACGAUCUUUUGCUUGAUAUAUUCAGCUCAACAUUCUGGCCUAGAUCUCAUUUUGGGCCACGUAAACAUGGGCUUUUCAAGCAAAAGGUAGCUGUCGACCCCAACAAAAUUGAUCACUAGAAAAGGGAUCGAGGAGGCCCAGCAAGGAAUUUAGCAAAAAUCAAGACUUUUCAAUUGUUGUCCAUCAAACCUUCAAUUUAUUCUUUAUGAGAAUUAUUCUCGUUUGUGUGAGAAAUAUUUAAUUUCACAUUGUAUUUUUCUAAUUUGUAAACCCACUGAAGUCAAGUACCGUUUAAUAAGG